CUAAAAUGGAGGAAAACCUUCCUCCUGGCUUCAGAUUCCACCCUACCGACGAAGAGCUCAUCACUUACUACCUAACCCGCAAGGUCUCGGACUUUGGAUUCGCUGCUAAAGCCAUUGCCGAUGUCGAUCUCAAUAAGUGCGAGCCUUGGGACCUCCCAGCGAAGGCAAGCAUGGGGGAGAAAGAGUGGUACUUCUUCAGCUUGAGGGAUCGCAAGUACCCAACCGGGAUGCGGACCAACCGAGCGACCGAUGCUGGUUACUGGAAGACAACAGGCAAAGACAAGGAGAUCUUCCACUGCGGGGUCUUGGUUGGGAUGAAGAAAACCUUGGUGUUCUACAAAGGAAGAGCUCCCAAGGGCGAGAAGACCAAUUGGGUGAUGCAUGAGUAUAGGCUCCAGACCAAAUUUCCCUACAGAACCACAAAGGAGGAAUGGGUUGUUUGUAGGGUUUUCAAGAAGAGCUCCAACGGAAAGAAAACGCAACCGAACACUCCACCAUUGCCACCUUUGCUCGAGUCUCCAUGCAAUACAACCUCGUUAAGCGAGCUAGGAGAACUUGAUGUAUCAAUCUUAAGUAAUCUCGUCACAAAUGGUCCCGAUGGUAUGCAAGUUAAUGACAGCAUCAACAAGGAGGUGGAUAUGAACAUGUACAUGAAUUGGGUCUUAGCUAGAGAAGCUACAAGCCAACCUUCACUUCCAUGGACGUCAAGCUUGUUAGGCAUGGGCUACUUACCAAGUCCAGCAAUACUGAAAGCACUGCCAUUCAACGGUUGUCAACCACAGGAAGCCACCAAUCUCACAAGCUUAAGCUCUUUCGCGGCACAAGCAAAUCCCCUCCUUGGAAGUGAAUCAAAAUCGAGCUUCCCUUCUUCUUCCGCUAAAGCUAUAGAAGUCCCACAACAGCAGCAGCCCUUUGAUCAAGGACCAAUUUGGAGAGGCUAUUGAUUGUGUGAAAAGUCUAACUAUAAAGUUGUUAAGUUCAUCUUAGUAUAAGGUAUUAAGGUUGGUUAACUGGAAUCAAACCCUCGUGUAAGUGCAGAAUUAAAUUAGACAACCAGUUAAAGAGUACAAUGUCCGUCACUUGUUAAGUAGGUAUUGUUAAUUAUAAAGCAAAUGCAUGAAAGUCGCAUGCAGGUCUCUGCACGAAACCAACAUUUGUCUCAAGUUAUCAGUAUGUAUCACAGUAUCAGAUGAAGUUGUCUUGGUUUCAUAGCCCAUUGGAAAAGAAUGUUUGUGAGGUGCAUAAUUUUAAGUCGUUUCAUGCUUGUUCCGUACUGGCUCAUGGCCGAACCAUGCCUUCACCGGAACCAUACAAUAGGAAAAUGACACGACUCUUACAGAUUGGAGUUGAUUGUGGAGGUGUCCUGCCAAAUUAGUUGCCGUGAUGACAAAAUGAGAGUGAUAUUUCAUAUAUCUGUAGAUUUAUUUCCCCUCCAAACUCGUUAUUCGCUCUUCUUUAUAUCAUACAUCGCGAAAAAGUAAUUAUUUACUAUUCUGUUGAAGCUGAGGGCGGCACAUGUCACAGUCCGUUUCACAUUAAGCAGCAGAUAAAUCACCUAAGAAAUUUUUGGAGCUCAGUUUAGAUAACUGCAGGAACCUUUUGUCUUCAACACUUUAUUUAGUGUUUCUUUUGCAGUCUUAUUCGCAUAUAAUUGAUUUGAUAAAAAACUGCAGGUGAUUCUCCAGCGCAACAAACAUUUUUUUUUUCUUUUCUUUCUUUCUUCUUCUUCUUUUUUUUUUUGGUCAUCCGUAAGAAGGAUGGUGCUUUUACGAGUUGAUAUGGUUCCCCCUUCCUCAUCCCUAAUUUGUCUAUCUCUUGUCCUCAAAUAUAUUUUCUACUCUUACUGCAUGCAAUACGAGGGAGUUUAAGCGUGAAAAAUUCUCUAUGUUGAGGAUCCAUAUGGAUCGCAGAUCGAUUAUGAGGACCCAUAGUAUAGGGAUGCGUUUAAAUCGACAUAAUAAAGUGUGGGUACGAGAGAAGGAUGCUAAAUAAUAGCAUGCCUAGCCUUUUUGAAUGACUGUCUCCAAACAUAAAAACACUUGUUAGGAUAUGCUUAGACAAUCAAGUUUGGCCCAGCCCAACCUAGACAAUUUUCAAGUCAAUUGCCCUUCCAUGCCUACUGCUGCAGACUGCAGGUCCAUUUAAACAGCGUUAGAUAAUGGUACAAAAUAAUCGUCAAAUUUAACAAAUCAUCACAAACGACAGUCCAGGGAGGCAUCUAAAACUGAGGCACGACAUGAAUAUAGAACCUUAUUCCAGUUGUAAUGCCGGAUUCAGGAGUAGGCUAGUUUACCAGGAGCAAGGGCAGCCUCAUUCCUCGAUCAACACAGCCUACAGCAUUCCGUAUUUCUACAUCCAAUCAUGGAAUAACAGGCAAUCAGGCUGCAGGAUAUGGGGAGGCGUCAGAUCUGAGAAGGCCAUUGAAUCCGACGGCCAAUUAAGGAGAAUUCUGCAUUUUAACUCUCUCAAUGUCACCCUAUAAUCUGGUUCCACAACAUUUACAUCUUACAAUUCCCCCUUUUUGCGCAAGAAGAAAGGCCAACUGAGAAUUCUGAACAACUUACAUCAAACUAAACAAACGACAUAUUUUCGCGAUGUUACUGCAAUCUGAGCAUAACUGUUCAACAGCAUUUAUGAAAUCUUCCAUAAACCUCACCUGACAUCUUUUUAGACUUUAAAAAAUCACACAAACCACCUGACACCACCUAUAAGCACAAUGGCAAACAGAAACUUUCACGAGAGUCAGAAUCAUGCAGACUAAUUAAACCAUAGAAAAUGGAAGAAAAUGAUAAAGGAAUAACUUAUUCAGACAUGAACUUUGCCACAAAAAAAAAA